UUUUUCGCCUCUUUCCCAGAUCUGUGCUUCGCCAGUGUAGAUCGCAAAGACGUGCGUUUGACGUCAAUUGAGGGGUUGAGCGGGGAUCUAGAUUUAUAUCUGCCAUUUCUCUCUUCAAAAGAAUUUGCUUAUUUCUCGAGAUUUGUGCUUGCUGCAGGUUCACUUCACUGACAGUAUACCUUCUAAACCCCCCCAAAAUAAUAAGAAAAUAUCAUGGCUCCCAUCCUAGACAGCAAUGUCCAGCCGAAUAUUCUCCAUGCUCGCCAAUCAUCGUCCACUGAGUGCCCCAGCACUAUCUCCGGAGGUGGAAUCGCCGGCAUUGUUAUUGGCACUAUUGUUGGCACGCUCCUGAUCCAGUGGCUGAUACGACUGUGUCAGCUGCCGGGAGCACGCGGGGAGGCCUCCCCUGACUAUAAAUAUUCCACCCCAGUGGGCGUGGAGACACGACAUCGCCAUCGAAGUCGCCGUCGGCGCAGUCCGACAUAUGAGUAUGUGGAGAAGCCAAGUGGUUCGGUACGACGGCCAGCGAAGGUCUAUCUCAACUGAUCGCACAAGUCCUGAACUAAGAGGGAGAAAUAUAAGUGGUUGAGUGGUGGUCCCGUCUGUUUCUUUCCUUCCUUGCCCUUGUACGGAAUACC